AUGACGAUUUUCAUUGUUCUGCUUUCUGCGUUUUUGGCCUCAGCCUCCGCAGACGGUUAUUCCUGUACUGGAAGUCAUACGAUCAACCCACCUGCAGAUCUAACUAAGCCAUACUACUACCCAGAAGGAUGGACAGAAUCCCAGGAGCCCGCGACGUACGCCGGUGGUCAGACGUGCAAUUGGAAAAUAAAUGUGCCCCAGGGAAUGUUUGCAACAGUAACCUACUAUAAGAAAACUGCGUCAGAGUCUGGAAUCACUUGCUUGUAUCCAAAUGGUUAUGAACAAUUCAUCGAGGACCAAGACCAAAACCCAUACAUCUUCACGAGUCCCCAAUUCCAAGUAAACCUUAAGGUCUCUGAUGACAGUGGAGAAUUCUCCUUCAAAGUUGUUUGGACUAAAUACCCGGGAGCCUGUCAAGUCAACAAUCAACUAACCGACACUCGAGCGUCAGCAUCAUCUCCAUCUCCGUGUAUAACCACUUACACCUCACCGAAUCGCGUGGUUCUUGUUGGAUUCUCCUUGAAAGACGAUAAAUAUCCGCUACUCCGACAGUCGGCAAUUUAUGAUGGUGACUCUGUAAACAGUUCAUAUUUGGGAAACUUGGCAACAGCUAGAUAUCAAAUUGUGGCCACUGGAAACAAGUUGACAAUUCACACAUUUGGAUUAAGUGCGGUGUUCAAUUAUACACUGUUCAUGGGAAUGGACACUAAUGCCCUUGGAGAUGUUCAACAAAUCACUGGAGUAAACCCGCCAUACGACUCGAGAUUCGCAUACUAUUUGUACUUGAAUUCUGAAGAAAAAGUCUCUGCGAUCGCUACAAUUGGAAGAGAUCCAGACUAUCUGGAGCAGAUUCGAGAGUUUCCGGGUGGAGCAAAUUUGAGAGUUUACGAAGAACAAAUCAGUGAUAGCAACUUGAUGGCUACAAUUAACCAGUACAACUUCCAAAAACAAUUGCCAUUGGAAGUCAAAACGUCUCUGAAAAUCUACAAGUUGGACGGUGGAAAAGUCUACAUCCCAAUGACCAAAAAUGCAAGUGAAGCAAAUUGGAAUACUGUAUUCGAUGGUCGAUUUGUGAAUGUUCAUUCUUUGGAUUAUAGAAGGACCAGCUAUACUCAGGACACUUUUGAGACUUUCCAAAUUGCGCCUAAUUCGAUAAAAUUGUAUUUCAAGUUCAAUGUGGUUAAAUUUGACACCCAAGGUGGACCAACUACACUUGCUAUCACAAUUUACAAAGAUGGAUAUACAGUGUAUUCCGAUACUUUUUCUAAAAACCAUUUACCACCACCCAAUACUAUCAAAAUUCUCGGAGAUAUGAUGACAAUUCAAUACCAAACACAUGGAACUUAUACAAAAGGAUUCGAAGUCGAUCUGGUGACUUCUAGAAAUUCAAACUAA